AACGGAUCGAUUAAAAAGCUAAAGCAAAGCUUCAAUUCAAGGCAGUGUUAACGAAGCGCAAGUGAGGGCAACAACGUGAAUUUUAAGCGAUUGAAUUGAUCUUGUAAAAUUUACUACAAAAAUGAAAUAUCUCGUUUUUUCGGCGUUGUUUUGUGCGUCGAGUAUUAUUUUUUGUAAUGUUGCAGCUAAGUUGGAGGAGAGAUUUUCAUGGAAACAAUUGGAGUUCGAAUGGCCAAGUGAGCAAGAUAAACAAGAAGCCAUAAGCACGGGCCGCUAUGUGCCCGAGAACAAUUUGCCGUUAGGUUUGGAACGUUGGAAUAACAAAUUAUUUGUCACUGUGCCAAGAUGGAAAGCCGGUGUCGCCGCCUCACUAAAUUACAUAGACCUUAACACAGCAGACAAAUCUCCAAAAUUGCGCCCGUACCCCAGUUGGGGUACAAAUUCGCUACCCAUCGACGUACAGCCACAAGCGGGUAAAACUCCAGCUGGUGGACGUUUGGAUGCUGAGAAGGCGCAGUCAGCUGAAACUGAACUAAAAGAUAAUGCUACCAUUAUUUCUACUUUCCGCAUACAAGUUGAUGCCUGUGAUCGUCUGUGGGUGUUGGAUACUGGUCUUGCAGAUAUUUUGGGCAAUCCGAAGCAAGUCACACCAAAUGCUGUUGUAGUCUUUGACCUAAAAACUGACCAACUUGUACGUCGCUUCCCAAUUCCCAAAGAUCAAACGAAAGAGGAUACUUUCAUCGCCAAUAUUGUAAUUGAUUCCGAUCGCAAUGAGUGCAAUAAUGCUUACGCCUACAUCCCCGACUUAGGAGCUUACGGUCUCAUAGUUUACUCAUUCCGUGACAAUCAUUCAUACCGUGUGAAACACAACUUCUUCCACUUCGAUCCUCUGCAAGGUGAUUUUAAUGUUGGUGGCGUCAAUUUUCAAUGGACAGAUGGCAUAUUCGGUCUUGCGGUUGGACCAACGAACCCUGACCACACGAAGGACAUAUAUUUCCAUGCUCUAGCCAGUACCAAGGAGUUCAAGGUGCCCAAUCGGGUAUUACAAAAUAAAACUCAUGUAACAAGUCCUGCAGCUUAUUACGAUUUUAAAUUUGUCGGCGAUCGUGGCAUGAAUGGUCAAACAACCGCAGAGGUGUACGACAAAGAGACAGGUGUUAUCUUCUAUACUCAAGUAAAUAAGGAUGCUAUUGCCUGUUGGAAUGUGAAUCGUCCAUACGAUUUGGAGUCUCAAGGUCUCAUCGAUUCUGACUCGCAUACACUUGUGUUCCCCAAUGAUAUUAAAAUCGACAAUGAAGGAACAGUAUGGGUGCUAUCGGACAGGAUGCCUACAUAUUUGUAUAAAGAAUUAGAUCCUGCUGCGGUCAACUAUCGUAUCUUGAGUGGAAACAAUCGUGAGCUGAUCAAGGGAACGCCAUGCGAAUUUCAAGAGCAAUCAAAGCAGUACCUUUGAAAAUAUAAUUAAGGCAAAUUACUUUAAUUUUAUGUUUUGGUCAACGCUAAUUUUAUUUUUUUGUUGUUCUUCGUGUGCAAGGAAAUGCACUUUAUUAAGCAAAUUAUUACGUCAUACAUAUAUGUACAUACAUUUUUAUAUUGGGGGCCAUCACAGAGUCCAAUUUUUCGUGAAAUCUACAAUAUUAUUACUGAAUCCGAAUUGCUACGAAGUAUACACCACGUUCGUGGCUAAUCGGAUUUAGUGAUAACAUUUUCGUAGAUUUCGAUGGAUUCUGUGAUAGCCCUGAUUACGUUUACGGUUUUUUUAAUAAAAAUUUGUACACCCAUUGUAAUAGUUUGCAAAAAUAAUAACACAAAUUUUUGUGAGUUAA